AUGGGCAUGAGCUCCGCCAAGGCCUUGCCCUCUCCUUCGUGGCCGAUGGCGAGCCCUAGGAGAGAGGAAGACCUGCUGCAAGAGGAAGAAGAAGCAGGCCGUGAUGCUAGGAGGCAGGCACGUGAACAUGGGAAAGAAGAGGGUUUGGAUGGCGGAAUUGUCGAGGAUGAGAAGUUGAGCGCGGGCAACGCCGAUAUUGGAUCCGUUUGUUUGGUUAGUGCUGCUGCUCUGUAUGCAUAA